CGAAUAUUUUGCGGUUUGAGAGUGGUUCCGUUCCAAAAUGGCGUCUCUGUACAAGGUUGUAAGCAGCGCGAGAUGCAGAGGAACGUGUUUAUUAACAAAAGCUGAGGUUUUCCCAGGGAGCAGAUUUUGCAGCAGUGGUGAUGGAGGGAUUUCUGCAGGAGGAGGAGAAGAGAAACAGAAAAGUGGCUUUGCUGCUGCUUAUGAGCUUCACUCUGAGCUAAAACAGCAGCAGGACAGCACCAAGAGCCACAAGGUGCACAAGAGCUCCUCUGACCACACCCAGACCUUUGCGUCACUGUUGCAUCACUCGCCAUUGAUCCAGAUGGGUCCGGCUAAGGACAAAAUAGUCAUCGGGAAAGUUUUCCACGUGGUUCAGGACGACCUGUACAUUGAUUUUGGUGGCAAGUUCCACUGCGUGUGCAAGCAACCCAAGACGGACGGUGAUAAAUAUCGGCGUGGGAGCCUUGUCCGGCUCAGGCUGGAGGACCUCGAGCUGACCUCGCGCUUCCUUGGUGCAACCACUGACUCUACGCUGCUCGAGGCUGACGCUACCCUCCUUGGACUGCUCGAAGGGAAAGAGGCCAAAGAGAAGGAGUAACUACAGUAUUAUAUGAGACUGUUAAAUGUUUGCUGCUGUUCUGUGAACAGAGAUCAAUAAAUUGUCUGAAUUUUUCAA